CAGGUAGACUAAACAGGAGUGGUCAGUAGCAAGUUGAGAAAAACACAGAGACCGAAAUCAUUUCCUGGAUUUUACUGUUCAGUGCUCAAGGCUUUCUACUGCGAUUAUUUAAAUACGCUGAGAUGACUUCUGUUUGUCAAAUAGGCCUAGUUUGAUUGUCAUCUCAAUGUAUUUAAUCAUUUUCUCCAGUGGAAUGGCGAUGUUAAAAGUUUUGUGUCUACUCUGCCACCUUGUGCCAUAUGGACUGACUGCUUGUACGAAAAAGUUGGAACACAUACAUGAUACUGAGGAUAUUUCCAAAACAGUGUUUGUUGAUGAGGAAAGUGCAAACAAAUUCUUUAAGCGCCAUCUGCUGUUAAAUCGUUUCGAUUUUGAAAUAUUUACUCCUGGUAAUUUGGAGAGGGAAUGUUGGGAGGAAGUGUGUAAUUACGAGGAGGCACGAGAGGUCUUCGAAAACAUUCCAGACACAGACAAAUUUUGGAAAACAUACACCAGCCAGGAGGAUCAUCCAUCACGCUUUGACGUGACUGCAUUAUUGGUGGGACUCAUAGCAGGUGGAGUCGCACUUGUUAUAUUGUGCCUGGUCGUCUGGUAUGCCUGUCAGAGAAGGUUGAAGGGUGGCGGCGGUCCUCCAGGACCUCACCGUGCACGCUCCAGGAGGAGCAAUGCAUCUCUGAUCAUUCGGAGACUGGAGGAGAUUUCUCUCCAGCCAAUGCAGCCACAAGGAUCUCCAGAGGGUCUGGUCGCCCCAGGCUUGCCCUCCUAUGAACAGGCGAUAGCCGGCGCAGGGCCACAUGAUGCUCCCCCUCCUCCAUACCCAGGGUCAAGGCCAGGCACCAUUCGACGGUAGCAUCAAUUUGUAGGAACUCUGGGGGAGAUGUUAUGAAGGAAAUCAUAAGGCUGGGGUUAUAGAUGUUCCAUGGUUUCAGAGUGACCGGCUUGAAGUUUGCAUUUAAUGUGAUAAUUUGUUCUGCUUUGUGCUGUUGAUUUCAUGUUUGGUUGCUGUAUUGAUGAGCGAGAUUUGGCUUUAUUAUUCUAGUUUUCCAUCGAUUUCAGUUUGAAUCACAUGAGAAACAUUCGUUGGCAAACAUGAAAUAUUUGGUGCUUGCUUGAAAUAUAGCACUUUAGGGACUGAAUGAAGAGGUAACUUAAAUUAACUAUGUUUUGAAGGCAGUAUAUCAUUUUAUAUGAAGUGGAUGUUUUUGGAAACAGACAACAUAGAGUAUGUUUGACACUGACUUAAUUGAGGACAAUAAUUAUUUACCUUUACAAACAUUUGUUUUCUGAAACUAAAGCUCCAAAGAGGAAUACACUUGACUUUCAGGCUUUAUAUUUAUAGGUUUUAUGCUGAACACAGACAGACCUUAUGGUCUUUAAGCACUGUUUACAACAGGGUAUUUACCUGUUGUAUGAAAGGCAGUUAACAUUUACCAUUAAUUAGUAAACUACUUGCAGGUAAUUUUACUAGAAAGCACUACAGGGAAUAUGAGAAGAAUGAUUGUGUUGACUUUUGAAAUUAUUCUUCACUUGCAAACCUCAGGCAACAUUACUCAAGAUUGACCGAACUGAACUGCUGGUAAAACAGAGAUACUGUAUCAGAGUUGAAGUUGUGUAUGCACUUUUAUCUGGUGAGAGGCUAUUUAUUUCUUAUGUGUAUUUUUCAGAAAUGUAUGUGAAUGUGUAUAAAUGUAUAUUUAAUCAUUUGUAUGUUGGGAAAUAUUUUUGGAAAUAGCCCUCAGCUUUUUGCUUCUACAAGAAGCUUGUGAUGCCAUUUGUCACACCAAAUAGUCAGGAGUUGCAACUUAGGCCUCCACCGAUGUGGACAUACAAAGACUUUUACUAUGUGCAACUUGUCAGUCUAUACCUGCACACUGCACAGUUCGAAUAAUUUAAUAAUUGUCUAAGACACUGCUCUGCCAAGAUGAAUACAUUUGGCUUGUGAAUACACCUUACACUUCAAAACACCUUUGUGAUUUCAUCAUCCCUUACUGUGUAAGCCUAUGGCCAAGAAACCAAAGGUUAGAAGGUCUUCUAGCUGCAGGUAUCAUGUUAGGCCCUAUGUUAUCCUGUCCCAUAGGCUACCAUAUCAUCUUAAUACUGUGAUUGUUUUACAAUAAACUUUUUAAGUUUUAA